GAGAGAAUCCAUUGGCUCGGUCUUAUUCUUGUCUAUGUGAGUGAUGCCUGUUAUGACGCCACUAAAUGAUAUAUAAGCAGGUAGAGCAAAUUAGGAGACACCUCUGAGCGACAAAGAGUCAGUGGAGGGAGAGAGAAAGAGAGAGAAGAUUUUUCCUUUGUCCAUGACCAUGCAGAAGCUUCUAUUAAGUUUGAUUCUUGCCAGCUUCACCGAUCCUCUUUUGUCGCUUCCAUUAAUUGAUUCCAGAGAAAUUCCAUAUCAGUUUCCGGAUGGCAAGAUGAAUUUUGGAGAGUUAAGCAGCCUGGAUGAGGACGACUUACUGCACAACUUACCUGCAGUCCUGGCCAAACAUAACCUGAUUGGGGAUACAGAUGCACUGCUCAGCAAGGAAGAACUUAUUGACGGCAAUCACAAUGUUGGAGAGAACAUUAAAGAGAUGCUGUUUGGCAAACACCCACGGAUAUCAUUAUUGAGUCUCCUGCAGUCAAAAGACAAGAAACAGUACAAAAAACGUGGGAAUUUAUCCGAAUGCUUCUGGAAGUACUGCGUCUGAGAGCCGACAGCGUAUACACGUUAUUAGCGCUUAUUUUUUAUAAAAGCUGCUUGGCUUGGGAAGCCGGACAUGAAAAUGCGGAAAUGAUCUAAUAAAUGCCAAGCUGAAUUAUGAA